AUGGCUUUUAACGCAGAAGGGCCUCCCAACGUCCCAAGAAAUAGAAACCAGUCAGGGCGAUGGCAACUAUACAUGGAAGACCAUAUUGGAGAGUCUGCUCAAAACACCCCAAAUGAAAUAAAUCCCAAUAACCCUCCCGUCGGGCGCCCUCCCAGAUACAAUAACCACAUGCAUCAGCCAAGACCAUUCACAACCGACGAUAUGAGAACAUAUGAUCAGAAUUUUCCAAAUCGGAUGGCUCCAGACGACCCUCGCCCGCCGUUCAUUCCACUAAACAGCAGCCACUUAAAUGGCACCGCAGAUGACACGGCUAGGAAAAUCUCGGGAGUUCAUCAUUUUUACCUCGGUCAAAAGGUUCCUAGUCCUAGCCCUAGUCUGCCUUUGUCAUCUUUGACUAGGGAUAUCAGAAUGUUUCGUUGGAGAUCCUCGGUUCAAAUGCAUAUGGAUUCUAGUUUUGCUCCCUUAGAAUAUAUGCAUGAUCCAAGAACUAAUAGUGAAUUGUCUUUUGGCGCCCCACGUGGUCCAGGAAAUAGCGAUCAUCUUAGCCCGCUGCCAACCUUGAGCAACAAUAAUGGGCAGAGUUCCCAUUCAAUCUCCCCCCUCAACAGAGAACAAGCACCAAAAACUCCCAACACAACCUCAUCACACAAACCCAAGCCACCAUCCGCCAGCAGUCCCGACUGCACAAUCUGUCUCUCUCCCCUUCCAGCUCCUCCAAAAGUCGCACUCGUAGACCCAUGCAAUCACGAAUUCUGCCUCGACUGUAUCCAAUACUGGAUACAGACCCAAAGAAAAAGAGCAAGUGUAUGCGUACAGCGACUAACCUGUCCACUUUGCAGAGGAACUAUUCAAAGGGUUAUCGGCAGGGAUGGGGAGGUUGUGGGAUCACGGAAAAGACGCAUGAUGGAGGCUGCGAAUUUGGCUGCUGAGGAACAAAGAAGAUGGGAGUUGGAUCUUGCUGGACAUACGGGUAGUCGGAUUGAGGGAGUGCCGAGAACAUUGGAUAGAGUGGGUCGUGCGGGCGACGUAGGUAAUCAGGUUGGGGAAGCACGAAGAAGACGUGAUAGAUGGAGUGGUGCAGGUACUGGUCGUUCCACAAGGGAGGAGGACCUUCCGGGUAAUGGGGCGGCUAACUGGUGGACCUGA